UCCUACUGGAACAACAGAAAACUGAACUCACCCGUCAGCAGAAAGAGUUAGAAGAGGAAGAACAACAACUGAAACACACAGCACAACAGAAUUCUGACCUACAGACUGAAACUGAAACCCUGACAACUCUCAUUUCAUCACAGACGACUGAUUUAACUGUGAAGGCUAAACAACUUCAAGAGAAAACAAACAUUAUAACUGAGAGAGACAGACAGCUAAUGGAGAGAGAAAAACAAGUUGAGGAGAAAGACAGACUUCUGACAGAAAAGACAACAACACUUCAGAUGAAGGAGAAGAUUUUAGAAGAGAAAGACAAACUUCUCACAGAGACACAAGAUGAACUGAGACAAACAACAAAGACAUUAGAGAAUCAUAGAAAACAAAUGGAAGAAAUGGAGAAAAGACUUGUGGAGAAAGAUGAAGAAUUAAAAGAGACAAAACAAGAACUGAAAGAUAAAAACACGAUUAUAAAAGAACAUUUAGAGACUCUUAAAGAUAAAGACUCACAACUGGAGAAUCAGAUCAAACUGCUGAGAGAGAAAGAGACUCUACUGGAGAUCACAGUGAAAGAGGAGGAAAGCAGUAAAAAGCAGCUGGAGACUCUGAGAAAGGAACUGCAGGACAAGAGUAGCAAACUACAGGAGAUGAUGAUCCUACUGGAACAACAGAAAACUGAAGUGAGUGAAAAAGACAAACAGCUUGAAGAGAAGGAGAGACUUCUAAGUGAGAGAAACACACAGCUAAUGGAAAGAGACAAGCAGGUUGAGGAGAAAGACAGACUUCUAGAGGAGAGAAACAAGCAGCUGCAGGAGAGAACAGAUCCAGACUCAGCAGCUCCAGCCAGGAGGAGAAACAGCAAGAAGGGCGAGACUCCAACCUGGAAAUUCAGCAGUGGAAAAUUCAUGCGAGUGGAAAAUUGGAGUGGAAACUCUAGUUUGGCCUCUCCAGUGUCAGUUCCUGUAUCAGAGCUCAGGUUGGUGCCGCUGGGGAGGACUGGAUGUGGGAAGAGAACAGCAGGAAACACCAUCCUGGGCAGAGAGGAGAGGAGCCAGGCUGGAGCGUCUACAGUGAGGCAGCAGAGUGAGAGCAGACAGGGGGAGGUGGCUGGGAGGCAGGUGACUGUGGUGGACACUCCUGACUGGUUCUGUCCUGGACUCUCUCUGGAGGAGCUGAGACAGGACGUGGGACUCUGUGUCCGUCUGUCUGCCCCAGGACCCCACGCCUUCCUCCUAGUCAUACCAGUGAAGCAGUCUACAGGAGAGGAGAGAGGCAUGCUGGAGAAAAUGGAGGAGAUUUUUGGAGAGAGAUGUUGGAGGAACACCAUGAUCCUUUUCACUGAUACUGAUGAAGUCCAAGAGAAGAACGUUGAAGAGUUUGUCCAGUCAGGAAACCAGGAGGUCCAGAGACUCGUAGAGAAAUGUGGGAACAGGUUUCACUGUCUCAGCAUUAAGGAGAGUGGAGAUGGUUCUCAAACCUCAGAGCUGCUGGAGAAGAUAGAGAAGAUGGUGGAAGGAAACAGAGAGAAAUUCUACAACAGUGAGAUCUACCUGGAGACACAAUCUCAGAUCAGAGAGAUAGAGAAAAGAAUUGUGAGAGAAAGAGAGGAGAUAAUAGAGACACAAGAAAGAGAAACUAGAGAGAAACUUCAGAGAUGUGUACAGGAAACUUUCUUGAAGUUCACUGAAACAACUUCUAAAUUUCAUACAAAAAUAAAUCAGCAUGACGAGCGAAUAACUAAACUAGAGGAAAUGCUAAAAGAGGAAAGAGAUGAGAAGAAAAAGGUAGAGCUGGAGAGAGAGGUGGAGAGAGAGAUUCAGCAGAGAAAUGAGGUUCAGUUGGAGCUGGAAAGAUUGAAAGAAGAGACUGAAAAGGAGAAGAGAGAGAUGGAGGAGAGACACAGACAGAAGAUGGAGGAGAUCAGGGAGACGUAUGAAGGAGAAGCCAGAAUGGAGGCAGAGAGGAACCUCAUGAAGAUCAUCCUGCCUGAACUGCAGAGAAACAUUUUGAUAUCAAAGUCAAAGACGCAGGAAAAGUUCAGGAGGCAGAUGGAGGAGAAGGACAGAGAGUUGAAGACACUGGUGCAGAGAGUGGGAGCACUUAGUAGCCUGUUACAGGUGGAGGUCCAUAAAUACAUUGGAAAUCAGUAA